UACGUAUGCUUGUAUCUACACAUCAUCACCUCACUGAUUAGUGACUAGUCCCACUGAUUAUCCUGUCAUCUGGAACCCAUACCCAAAAGGCCAAAACAACUCAAAAGCCACCCAAAAUCAAGAACCCACCAAGAAAAUCAAAUCCCAAAAUGGGUUUCACAAUGGGCCUCAACAUGCUCCUCCUACUGGCAAUGGUGGCCACCAACCUCCUCUCUCUCUACCACCUAUCCUCCACCCUCCAGUCCCGCCCCCCCGCCCCCCCUCCCGUCCCCGACCACCUCCUCCGCCAGCUCCACACCAUACGCGCCACCAUCAACCACCUCACGCGCCUCAACCACCCCACCCCCGCCGCCACCACAGUAAAACCCACCAAAUCCCCCACCCCUUCAGACCUCCUCAUCUACACCCACCUCUCCCCCAUCGCCUCCGCCUGCCACCUCCACCCUGACCUCCUCCACGCCUACAUGACCUACUCUCCAUUCUCUCUCUGCCCUCCUGACCCCAACAACAUCGCCGAAACCCUAAUCCUCCGCGGCUGCCACCCCCUCCCCCGCCGCCGCUGCUUCUCUAUCUCCCCGCAUAAACCCCAAUCCUCUCUCUCCUCACACCCUUUCUCCCCCCUGCCCAAGACGUGGACCCAGAAAUACCCUAACAAUGGGUUUGACAUGGAAUCUGAGAAAGACAAGUUCGUGGCGUACAAGACGGAUCUAGACCUUCCAACGUCCCAGCUGUUUCGAAUCGCGAGGGAUUCGGGGUUUUCGAUCCGGCUAGGGUUAGACGUGGGAGGGGGGACGGGCACGUUCGCCGCGCGCAUGAAGGUGGAUAUGAACGCGACGGUGGUCACGACGACGAUGAACUGGGGGGCGCCCUACAACGAGGCGGUGGCGGCGAGGGGGCUGGUGCCGGUGCACGUGCCGCUGCAGCAGCGGCUUCCGGUGUUCGACGGGGUCCUGGAUCUGGUGAGGUGCGGGCGGGCGGUGAACCGGUGGAUACCCCUGGCGGCAAUGGAGUUCUUGCUUUACGACGUGGAUAGGGUUUUGAGGGGUGGUGGGUAUUUGUGGCUGGACAGGUUUUUUAGCAAAGGGGUGGAUUUGGAUAGGGUUUACGGGCCGUUGAUCGGGAAGUUGGGGUAUAAGAAGGUGAAGUGGGCAGUGGCGAAUAAGAGCGAUUCGAGCGGGGUGAAGAAUGGGGAGGUUUACUUGACUGCUCUUUUGCAGAAGCCUCUUUCAAAAUGAGGCUUCUGAAUCUAAUGAUCUAGCAGGUGGUUGUGCUGAACCUUCUCUUCCGCCAUGACAAGGAACCAACUCUUCUGUCCAGAACUAAAUUCGCAGCUAUUUCAUGCUGUCCACAGACAUGAGUUGAGGUUUUUGCUGGUUCCAAAUGGUGUAUAUUUUUAUUAUGACGGUGGAGAAAAUUCUGGGAAGUUGAAAGGAAGAGCAAAAACAACGGCUUGUCGUGCGCAAGAAUGUACUCUCAAGGUGAAUCCCUUUUGUUUGUUGAAUGUAAUUUAUUCAUUAAAUGUUGCAUUUUAGAAUCUAGAAAUGUAGUUUGAAAUGAAUGUUUCAAUAACAGGGAUCGGGUUUGAUUCAGAUGGCCUGCGCUCUCCAUGAAAUUCUUCUUUUUACUUGUAGCCUGUAGGCUGUGUAACUCUGUUCUUUUUUUUUUAAUAAUGGCGGCUGUGUUUCUGGCUAGUUCCGGAUGGGUAUGUACAAAUGGAACAGAAGCGUUAGGAAUUGUUUUUGCUAAAUGCGAAACAUUUGGUGUUUGUUACAAAUUAUUUUGGUUAGCUUUUAAA